AUGGUACAAGAAAAAACAAGUAGAAGAAGCUUUGGAUUCAUUAAGUCGUUUAUGAGACUGAUUACGUGCUUCGACGCGACGGCUGAUGGCGAUAAACGAGAAAGAUCUAAGACAAUUUCACGGAGGAGCAACUUGGUUCACUCCAUAAAAUCGACGCCUCCUAAUGCUUUCCUUAGCGGUCCGAUGGUAGACGAAGAAAGGGAUGAGAAAAUUAAAGAUGUUAUCCUCUAUUGUAAGAUGAAUUCCCCACUUAAUUUACCAUGAAUUUUACCGCAGUUCCUUUUAUUUAUUUAUUUAAUUAUUUAGUUUUUCUUUUUACAUGCCCAUUUACUCAUAAUGAGAUUGUAG